CAGUUUUUCCUCUUUACCUUUUUUCUAAAUGAAAAACAUUAGAGUUUAUCAUGAAUUCUAAUUUUAUAUAGUUAAUUUUAAAUAUAAAUAUAUAUAUAUAUAUAUAAAUUAUUUAUUCUAUUGUUCUUGUGUUUAAUAUUUUUUUCUGCACCAUGCGUUUAAAAUUUUUUUCUGCACCAAAUUAACAUUAAUUGUUCGGUGGCGCUGCAGUGUCCUUGUAUUGAAGCAUUACAUCCAACAAUAAUGGCUCCUUAUGCAGUGGCCAUUCUUUGUGUUUUCCUUGGACUUUUGUUUACUUUCAUCUUCUGGCCUAAACACCAGAAACAUGGUUAUAAACUUCCAUCGGGACCCUGGGGUUUACCGAUCCUUGGCAACCUCUACCAAUUAGGGACCCUACCGCACCACACCCUUCGAAACUUAGCCCAAAAACAUGGACCCAUAAUGUCCAUUUGGCUAGGUAAUGUGCCAACCAUAGUAGUCUCGUCCUCUAUUGCUGCUGAGCUCUUCCUCAAGACCCAUGACUCUGUCUUUUCUUCUCGACCCCCAAAUCAAGCUGCUGAUUAUAUUCUAUAUGGAAGAAAGGGCAUUCUAUUUACUGAACAUGGUCCGUAUUGGCGCGCCGUGAGGAAACUGUGUGCUUCGCAGCUUCUGGGUUCGUCGAAAGUGGAGUCAUUUGCGCCCAUAAGGAGGGAGGAACUGGGUUGUUUGGUCCAAACACUUGAGAAAGCUGCUGUAGAGCAUGAGCUGGUAGAUCUGAGUGAGAAGAUCAGUGAAGCUAUGGAGAAUAUAAUUUUUAGGAUUGUUUUGGGACGGAGCAAAGAGGAUGGUAUGGAUUUGAAAGGGCUUGUUGAGGAGGCAUUGAAUUUGGUAGGCGCUUUCAAUCUUGCAGAUUUUGUGCCUUUCCUUGGGGCGCUUGACUUGCAGGGACUCAAAGUGAGAAUGAAGAAAUUCACAACAAACUUCGAGAAAAUCCUUGAUAAAAUUAUCAGCGAGCAUGAACAAGAUUAUGGUAGGAUGCGUCAAGAGAAGCCUAGGGACUUCAUAGAUGUGCUGCUUUCAUUGAUCAACCAACCCUUGAAUCCACACGACGAACAAGUACACAUAAUCGAACGAUCAAACAUCAAAGCUAUCUUGAUUGAAAUGCUUAUAGCUACAUAUGACACUUCCACCAUUACAAUCGAAUGGACUUUCUCGGAACUCAUGAAGAAUCCAUCGAAAAUGACCCGUCUUCAACAAGAGCUUAAAGAUGUCAUCGGAACACACCGAAUGGUGGAGGAAACAGAUUUACAAAACUUGCCGUAUUUGGAUAUGGUGGUGAAGGAGACUAUGAGAUUGCAUCCGGCAGCGCCAUUGCUUCUUCCGCGCCAAUCCACCGAGGAUAUCGCCAUCAAUGGCUAUUACAUACCGAAGAAUUCUCGUGUUUUGGUGAAUGCAUGGGCUAUUGGGAGGGACCCUAAUGUGUGGUCGGAAAAUGUGGAAGAAUUCUAUCCAGAAAGGUUCAUUGAUAGCAAGAUUGAUGUUGGAGGACAAGAUUUGGAGCUUAUUCCAUUUGGGUCUGGUCGUAGAAAAUGUCCUGGAAUGCAGUUAGGGCUCGCAACAGUUCGCUUUGUUGUGGCUCAGUUGGUGCAUUGCUUUACUUGGAAGCUUCCCAAUGGAACUCUUCCUAAGGACUUGGACAUGAGUGAGAAAUUUUUCAUCACUAGCCAACGAGUUCAUCACUUGCUUGCCUUGCCAACUUGCCGUCUUGUGCAUACUUGUCCAUGAGGACUUGUGAAUUGUGAUAUUAUAUAACUAGCAAUUUAUAAAUUGGGCGUAAUGAAUCCAAAGUGUUAUAAACUAAUAAAACAUGCAUGGAAGGUUAAUUAACUUGCAUGUUGCAAUCUAUGUUAUUAGAAGUGUAUUUACUUAUAUUAAAAUAAGGAUUUUUGUUUGGUUAAGAAGA